AUGGCUCCUCAAAGUGUUCUUAUGCUCGGCUCUGGUUUCGUUACCAAGCCCACUUUGGAUAUUUUGAGCGACGCUGGCAUUGAGGUCUCUGUUGCCUGCAGAAAUAUCGACAGCGCAAAGAAGCUCUCCGAGGGCGUCAAGCUCGCAAAGCCAAUCUCCCUCGAUGUCACCGACGACAAAACCCUCGACGCUGCGGUAGCACAACACGAUCUUGUUAUUAGCUUAAUCCCAUACAACUUCCAUCCUACCGUCAUCAAAUCCGCGAUCCGAAACAAGAAGAACGUUGUCACCACGAGUUAUGUCUCCCCAGCCAUGCUCGAGCUUGAACAACAGGCAAAGGACGCGGGAAUCACCGUUUUAAACGAGAUUGGUCUCGAUCCCGGCAUCGACCAUUUAUACGCAGUUUCCAUGAUCGAGAGCGUACAUAAGGCAGGAGGGAAGAUCAUAUCAUUCUUGUCAUACUGUGGAGGACUCCCAGCUCCAGAAGACUCUGGAAAUCCAUUAGGCUAUAAGUUCUCUUGGUCAUCCCGUGGGGUUCUGCUCGCUCUAAGAAAUGCUGCAAGCUUUUACCAAGGAGGAAAGGUUGUCAACGUUGCUGGUCCAGAGUUAAUGGCCACCGCCAAGCCAUACUACAUCUACCCAGGCUUCGCUUUCGUCGCAUACCCCAACCGUGAUUCAACCACAUAUAAGGAACGCUAUAAUAUCCCAGAGGCGAAAACCAUCAUCCGUGGGACUCUGAGAUAUCAAGGAUUCCCAGAAUUCGUCAAGGUUCUCGUCGAUAUUGGCUUCCUCAGUAACGAGGAGCAGAGCUUCUUGAAGGAGCCAAUCACCUGGAAAGAGGCCACUCAGAAGAUCCUUGGUGCGUCUUCAUCAAGCGAGAAAGAUCUCUUAUGGGCAAUUUCAUCAAAAACGACCUUUAAAGACAACGAUGAGAAGAACCAAUUGAUGACAGGUCUCAAGUGGGUUGGCAUAUUCUCCGAUUCAAAGAUUACCCCACAAGGAACUCCGCUGGAUACUCUGUGCGCCACUCUUGAAGAAAAGAUGCAAUUCGAGGAGGGUGAGCGUGACUUAGUGCUUCUUCAACAUAAAUUCGAGAUCGAGAACGAGGAUGGCAGAAAGGAGACCAGAACUUCUACCCUCUGCGAGUACGGUGCUCCAAUUGGAACUGGAGGCUACUCAGCAAUGGCAAAAUUAGUCGGCGUACCGUGCGGAGUUGCCGUCAAACAGGUACUUAAUGGCACGAUCUCCGAUAAGGGUAUUCUCGCCCCAAUGAACUCCAAGAUCAACGAUCCAUUAAUGAAGGAGUUGAAGGAGAAGUACGGUAUCGAGUGUAAGGAGAAGAUUAUCCCAUAG